GGUAGUACUGGAAAAUGGAAAUUACGGAGUACUAGAUUUUAGACAGGAAAGAAACCCUAACAUAUAUUCCUUAUCUGUGCUCUGACUUCCACAUCCUCACCCCUUUCGCUUGCUCUAGACAUUCUCAGUUGCUUAUACUGGCAGUGCUUGCAAAUACAGAAAUGGGAAGGACGAAGCCACUGGUGUUCUUGGAUGUAUGUAUUGAUGGUUAUCCACAGAGAAGAAUGAUUUUUGAGCUUUUCACUGAUGUUGCUCCAAAAACUGCAGAAAAUUUUCGUGCACUUUGUACAGGGGAAAAAGGAAUCAGUGAUAGAACUGGCAAACCUUUACACUACAAAGGAACCCUUUUCCACCGAAUUGUCAAGGGGUCCAUGGCUCAGGCUGGAGACUUUCUCAGGCAAGAUGGGAAUCAUGGAGAAAGUAUAUAUGGCACAAAGUUCCCAGAUGAGCCACCAAAGCUGAAACAUGAUGCCCCUGGUCUUCUGUCUAUGGCAAUUGCUGACCGUGAUACACGUGGUUCUCUAUUCACACUCACCUUCAGUGCUAAUCAUAAUCUUGACAGGAAAUAUGUUGUAUUUGGCAAGCUUCUAAAAGGCCAUGAUGUGCUUAAGAAGAUUGAAAAUGUUGGAAAUGAAGAAGGGAAACCUGAUGUGAUGGUCAAGAUAAUAGAUUCUGGUGAAUUCCCUAAGGAUGUAAGGAACCUAAAUAAAUUGAAAUUGGGGAAGGUUGCUUCUACCCUCAACAAUCAUGAAACCUACCGUAAAAGAAAACAGAAAAAAUCUUACCAGGAUCGAAGAAAAAAAAAGGUGCGGUAUUAUACAUCAGAAUCGGAUAGUUCUACUGAUAGUGAGACGGAGUCUUCAGAAUCAGAUAGCUCUACAGAUGCUGGUGAUCUCUCUUACACAUCUACUUCCACUUCAACCGAAACCAGCUCAUCGGGUGAUGACAAGCGAAGGAAAAGGAAGAGAUCUAAGAGAGAUAAGCAUAAACAUGGAAAAAGAAGGGAUCAUCGCAGUGAAAAAAGCCGCAGGAGGCGCGAUAAGAAACUAAGGCGGAGAUCAAGAAGAUCAUCAGAAAGCCUUUCUGAUAGUGACACCGAAAAUAGUUCUGAAAACGAUGAUGGAGUUAAAGGAUUGGAUGGGAGGAAUAAAAUCCCAGGAAAGAAAAUGGAUGGAAAUCAAUCUCUUGUUGAGGAUCGGGAAGCUGUUUCUGUUCAUAAGAAGGGAGAUUCCAAUGACAUAUUUGAGAGGGAAGAAGGUGAUAUCCUCAAGGAAAACGGUGGGCAUAAAAAUAAUGAUCAGAGUCAUCAGGAUAGACAACCUGAUGUGGUGGAUGAUCAUCCAGGGAAAUCUAGGAGUCGAAGCCCUAGUCCUAGAAGAUCUCUGAGUAAAAGCAUGAGCAUAAGCCCCAGGAGUUUAAACAGAGACCCAAGUGUUGGCCCAAAACACAGUGUGAGGAGUACCAGUGCUGGCCCAAAACGGAGUCCAAGCAGGAGUGCAAGUAUCAACGAAAGCCCACAUCGCGUCUCAGAGAGGAGUACUGGCCGAUUGAGAAGUGGAAGCAGCAAGAGUCCAGCUAGAAGUCUUAGUCAAAGUCCAGUUAGAGGCAGAAGUGUAAGUGGGAGUCCAGUCAGAGCCAACUCUCAAAGAGGCAGAACCAGAAGUCCUUCAGCCUCGCCUCCUAGAAGUGUCCGCAGCCCACCUAGAAUCUCUUCAAGGAAAUCUUGGAAGUCGGCAAGUCGAAGUCCAGUUAGAUCUUCUCAGAGGAGUGUGAGCAGAAGCCCUGUUAGGCCUUCUCGUAGGAGUGCUAGCAGAAGCCCUGUUAGGCCAUCUCGGAAAAGUGUGAGCAGAAGUCCUGUUAGAUCUGAUCGGAGGAGUUUUAGCAGAAGUCCUGUUAGGUCUGCUCGAAGGAGUAUUAGUAGAAGCUCAGGUAGGGCUCCUUCUAGAAGUCCUAAUCCAAGUCUAGGUAGGGGUCCUAGUAGGAAUAAUCGCCGAAGCUACUCAAGGAGUCCGAGUCCUGUAAGUGUUGGUCGAAGGGGAAGGUCACCAAUCUCUGAUCAUGGUAGGAGCUCUUCUAGAAGUCCUGUUGGUGGAUCUCCCAAACGCAUAAGAAGGGGGAGAGGCUUCAGUGAGCGGUACUCUUAUGCACGUAGAUACAGGAGUCGUUCUCCUGAUCGAUCUCCAGUGAGGUCAUACCGCUAUCAGCGCAGUGACCGUGAUAGAUAUUCAAGUUACAGACGGUCCCCCAGGCGCUACAGGAGUCCACCAAGAGGAAGAACUCCUCCUAGAUACAGAAGCAGAAGAAGCAGGUCUUACAGUGUAUCACGCAGUCCAAUACGCUACCGUUCUCGGCGUGAUAGCCGGAAUCCUAUUCGUAGUCCAUCUCCUGUGGAAAGGUAUCGUGCAUCGCCACGAGUCGAGAGGCAGAGGUUGCCCUCUCAAAGCAGGAGCAGGAGCCGGUCAGAGUCAAGGUCAUCUAAUGGAUCACAAUCUCCAAGGUUGAGGAACAAGGAGAAGUCAAUAUCGCCAUCCAGGAGCCCCCCUGCAAAGGGCGGCUUGGUUUCUUAUGGAGACGUGUCUGCUGAUUCAGAUUGAUUAAUAUGAACGAAAUUGAGGGUUGGUACCUCAUCAAAUGUGUAGACAGCCUAGUCGUGUUUCUCUGUUGGUUCAUAUUACCUGGUAUUCUUCUGUGAGUUGGGAUUUUAUUAAACUUUUUGUUCACUGACCUUUCUUGGAGAUUUCUGUUAGAUUAUUGUAGUAAAAUGCUAUGGCAUUGAGACACUUGCAUUAGUGAUAUGAGAAAUCUUAACCUUUUUAAUUAUUCUGAGAAUUAUAGCAAAAGUUGAGUUCUGAUGUUUAA